GUGGCAGGCGGAAGAAGUCUCUGCGGCCGGAAGUGCUCUGCUCUUUCAAGGCAGGAAACAUUUAGCAGCAUUUGAUACAAAUAGCGAAACUUCAGCCCGUUGCAGCGAUUAUCUGCGCUCUCCGUCGAUUCCACCAUCCACUGCGAUGAUCCUGUUAGAAAUCAACAACCGCAUUAUAGAAGAGACGCUGUCGUUGAAGUUCGACGGCGCGUCAAACGGAACCAAGCCUGAGGCUGUUGAUGUGACGUUUGCAGACUUUGAUGGCGUGUUGUACCACAUUUCCAACCCGAACGGCGAUAAGACCAAAGUGAUGGUCAGCAUCUCCCUGAAGUUCUACAAGGAACUGCAGGAGCACGGGGCUGACGAGCUGCUGAAAAGAGUGUACGGGAGCUUCCUUGUUUCACCAGAGUCUGGCUACAACGUGUCGCUCCUCUACGACUUGGAUGCCCUACCGGGCAACAAAGAUGAGCUUGUGCACCAAGCAGGGAUGCUGAAGAGAAACUGCUUUGCCUCCGUAUUCGAAAAGUACUUCAAGUUCCAGGAGGAGGGCAAAGAGGGCGAGAGCAGGGCCGUGGUCCACUACAGAGAUGACGAGUCCAUGUAUGUGGAGGCCAAGAAAGACCGGGUGACGGUCGUGUUCAGCACGGUGUUCAAAGACGACGACGACGUCAUCAUCGGCAAAGUCUUCAUGCAGGAGUUCAAAGAGGGACGGCGAGCGAGCCACACUGCCCCGCAGGUGCUGUUCAGCCACAGGGAGCCGCCUCUGGAACUCAAGGACACGGACGCGGCCGUCGGGGACAACAUCGGAUACAUCACCUUCGUCCUUUUCCCACGUCACACCAAUGCCAACGCCAGAGACAACACCAUCAACCUCAUCCACACCUUCAGGGACUACCUGCAUUACCACAUAAAGUGCUCCAAGGCCUACAUUCACACACGUAUGAGGGCCAAGACGUCGGACUUCCUCAAGGUUCUCAACCGUGCCCGACCCGACGCUGAGAAGAAGGAGAUGAAGACCAUCUCUGGGAGGACCUUCUGUCGCUGAGGCCGAGCCCCCGCGCAGCCCAGCUGAAGCCACCGUCCGUGGCCACACGUGAACGCACCACGCUGCAACUCAACGGCACAUUGGACAGGCCUCCAGGAUGCCUCUAAACGCCCCACACGCAAUUGUCGGUCUCUUUUUUUGCUCUUUCUUUAAAACGAAUAAUAAAGUUGGUCGGAAAAGCCAAGGUUCAAGAUCAUAAAAACAGGGCAUUCCUUGCUUUGCAUAGUUAAAGAGCAUUAUUAGUCCUAUAUAAAUAUAUAUAUAUGAAAAAAGACAUUUUUGAUACAAUAUCUUUUACUCCAUUUGGUACUCUUACUUUGGCCGUCACCACUUAAUAUUAAUUAUUUUUCAUGUGAUGGUUUCAACUCCCCUUCUGCGCUUUCAUGUCAUUGUCAUUUGAGGGAAAUAAAAACUUAAAACACCCAAAUACCACAAAAA